GUGAUGGUCAGCGGUGUAAUGCACAGUGCGGGUGAUGCCAUCGGGUUGCACCAAAGAAUAUUCGCCUUUGACGACGUCACCGUCGCGUUCCUCGUGUUGGUUUUUCACGUCUCCGGUGUGACCAUCAUGGACACCAUAUUGGAAAGCGUAAUGUGGAUUUUGGCUAUUGCUGCUCUGGUAGCUUGCGUUGUUGCAGUUCCAAUCGAACAUGCUUCUUCUUACGCUAGUGUACAACAUCAUGAAUUGCAUGCUGCCCCUAUUGCUGUUGCCCAUGCAGCCCCUGUUGCUGUACACGCCGCUCCGGUACAUCACGAAGAAGUUUACCCUGACCACCAUCCAAAAUACGAAUUCAAAUAUGGCGUCGAAGAUCACCACACUGGUGACAAAAAGAGCCAAUCUGAAGUGCGUGAUGGUGAUGUCGUCAAGGGUGAAUAUUCUCUUGUCCAACCUGAUGGUACCGUUCGCAAUGUGCAUUACUCAGCUGAUCAUCACAACGGUUUCAACGCUGAAGUUUCGUAUUCUGGGCACGCUGCCCAUCCAGAAGUUAAGAAAGUCGUCGCUGUUGCCGCUCCAGUUUACCAUCACUAAGUGAUUAUUUUUGAAGUACUUAUAUUUUUGUACAAUGUUGUUCGAAA